AUGACAGGGAACAUGGUCAUUGUGGAGGACCAGAAACUCAUCCGGGGAGCGUGCGUAUGCACGCAUCCAAUUUCUAUCCUAAAACAUCUGUCUCACUUUUUGUAUGUUCAUUUGUUUUUUCUAGGGGGAUAUGAGACCUUCUAUUCGGAAUAUCCUGAGUGUUGUGUAGACGUAAAACCCGUUUCACAAGAGAAGAUCGAAAGCGAGAGAGCCCUCAUCAGCCAGUGUGGGAAACCAGUGCUAAGCAUCAACUACAGGCCAGCUUAUGACCAGGGCAGCCCUGUGGAAAUCCUUCCCUUCCUCUACCUUGGAAGUGCCUACCAUGCAUCCAAGUGCGAGUUCCUAGCCAACCUGCACAUCACAGCCCUGCUGAAUGUCUCCCGGCGGACCUCCGAGGCCUGCACGACCCACCUACACUACAAAUGGAUCCCAGUGGAAGACAGCCACACGGCCGACAUCAGCUCCCACUUUCAGGAAGCAAUAGACUUCAUUGACUGUGUCAGGGAAAAGGGAGGCAAGGUCCUGGUCCACUGUGAGGCUGGGGUUUCCCGGUCGCCCACCAUCUGCAUGGCUUACCUCAUGAAGACCAAGCAGUUCCGCCUGAAGGAGGCCUUCGAUUACAUCAAGCAGCGGAGGACUGUGAUCUCACCCAACUUCGGCUUCAUGGGCCAGCUCCUGCAGUAUGAAUCUGAGAUCCUGCCUUCCACGCCCAACUCGCAGCCUCUCUCCUGCCAAGGGGAGGCAGCAGGCUCCCCAUUUAUAGACCAUUUGCAGACACUGAGCCCUGACGUGCUGGGCACCUACUGCACAUUCCCUACCUCGGGGCUGGCUCCAGUGCCCACCCACUCAACCGUUGCAGAGCUCCACAGGGGCCCUGUGGCCACCGCCACAUCCUGCUAAGACUGGGGUGGGGUGCCAGCCCAGCCCCAGAGCAACUGUGAUUUUGUUUUUUAAACACGUGGACAUUUCACACCUGUGCAAUACUGAAGACCUCUCUCUGUCUCACUGCCCCGGUAAGACACUGAGCGGUUAUCAGGUUUGCAGACAAACUUCAGACUGACCUCACAGAGAGGUUCUCGGGACUGAAGGAAGGCCAAGCCAUUACGAGAGCACCGUGUGUGCUGACUACUGUACUUCCAGACCCCCUGCCCUCUCAGGACCUCCUAGUCCUUGCACCUCAAAGUUCGCCUUUUCAUUUCAAGCAUAGGCAAUAAACACCUGCAGCAACAGGAAAGAGAGAAGUUGCUGGACCAGGAGAAAAGGCAGUUAGUUAGGAAGCCAAUUCAUUUUAAAGGAAGCACAAUCUCCAUCUUACUUUUUUGAACUUUGACAGUCUCAGUCUCUCUGUUGCUUCGGGUAUAAGCUGAUCACCGCCUAGUCAGGAAAGUUACCCUGCCGGAUUGGUAGGGACACCCUGGAUAUGCUGAUUUGAACCCUGAAAUGUUUGUGAGAUGCCCUCUGGGUCCAACGGAAACAUUUGGUUGAAGUUGCAAGAUGUUGACUCUUCUGGGUUUCGUUUUCACUGUGGGUUCUUUCCUGACCUUGGACUUUGGCAUGAUUCUUCAUCAUACUUGAACCAGUCUCGUUGCACCUCUCUUAAAACUCUGGUGUCAUUCGAAAAGGGUUUUCAGACCAUAGACCAAAAAUCACCCCUUUGAGGUGGCAGUGGGUGCCUGGAGAAAAAGGGUACCUGCUGUGUCUUCUGGGUCAGUGGCAUUGAAAACAGUCCUUUCUCUGCUUGCUGUCCUUCUGUGUGCUUGUGUCUCAUUUCUUGUGACACUUGUUUUCCUCCCAGCCCCUGGGGGUUGUCUUCAAGCUACUGACUUCUGGGAUUUGCAGAUUGUUGCAAUGUGGUACUACUUUUCUGUCUGUAGAUUAUUUCUCCAGGGGAAAAGGCAAUAAUUUCUUAAAACCCAUGUGAAUGUGAAGAAAAGGGGUAUGUUACUGGUUGUUAUUGUUUUUUUAUAGUGCAAAAUAAAAAUAGUUAAAGGAAUCGGCA